AUGAAUAUAGAAAGACCAAUAUGGAAUGAAGCUUUUGAUUUUAAUAAUAUAUGGCCAAGUAAUGAAUACUUUUACAUAAAUGUCUACGAUGAAAAUGAAGGCAAAAAGCCAGAUUUAAUUGGCUCGAAACAAGUUAGUCUUGAUGAUGUCAUUGAAAAAGGAGAUUUUGAUGGUUGGGUCAAAUUACCGGGUUUUGUCGGUUUUGGUAGUCAUGAUCAUGUACAUAUAAGCAUGCAUUUUGAAAAAAUAUCAACUGGUUAA